CUUAUAGUCAUUUUAUACAUACACGGAUACGCAAACACCUUGUCAAUUGCAAGUAGAUGAAUAUACGUUUCAUAUUCGCAGCCCUGGUCAGUGCAUCCAGUGCUGUCGCAGGAUUCGAAGCUGACACUCGAGCUGCUUACCCAGCACCGAUUCCCGCUAGCCAGGCUCCGAGGUAUAUACCCAACUUUCCGUGGCUUGGGCCAGGCCAGGCUGACCAGGAAGUCAUAUACUAUCCACAAAAUCCAGCGACAGUCAAUUCGUACAACAUGGCAACCAUGCUAUGUCUAGUUAACCGCCUACGUAUGAGCCAUGGGCUGCAGCCAGUGGUGUAUCAUUCAAGCCUGCUCUCGCUGGCCAUGCGGCAUGCGCUCUUCCAAUCCAGAUACAAGGUUAUCACACAUGCCGACAGCAGCGGCGAAAUCGGCGACAGACUGACAGCACUCGGGAUCGACUGGGCGGUGCUGUUCCUGGAGAAUGUCGGCGGCGGCGCUAAUAGCGAAGAUGCGAUAAUGGAUGCGUGGACUAGGUCGCCUGGACAUCUGGCCAACAUACUCAACCCAAACAUACGAUUCAUGGGCGUGCAGGUUGCCAAUGGAUUCUGGGUGCAAGAUUUCGCUGUUCCAAGGGACUCGAGGUAUGCACCAACACCCAGCACCGUCGAUGCAUGCCCCACAGCCAACAACCUUUACAUAUACGCUUAGUAGUAGUUUAAAGCUUUU